UCGAGGUCUGUCCUUGUCUUGUUUUCCGGAAGACGUACUCGAACAGUGUGACCCACUUUGAGUGUUCUGGAAACCAGGAGCGAUGUAAGAGGGAGACCGACCGUUCAUGCCCAACAGCGUGGUACUGACUCCGCUCUCGAUUUACGCUGCAAAGGCACCCCCACCAACUUGUUCUCCCGCAGAACAAUGCUUCUCAUGCGAAUUCCAGGCGGCGCGACCUCUGCGAACGUCUCAACCACGGGUAGCUCCGAAAGGAGUGUCACAACCUCAUCUGCCAGGAAGUCGCCAUCGAUUGGUUUUAACGCGGUCAAAGGCACAAAACUAUCAGGGCGAGUGGGAAGUCCAGCGCCACCUCGUGAAUGUGACCACAUCAGCCAUGAACGACGAUGUGAGUAUAUAUCGUUCUUAUCAUUGGGAAAGCUAUCUGUCCAAACUAUGUAUCUCGGAGCGAAACGUGAUGGAGAAAGCAAAAGCAAGAGAAAAUGAAGAG